AUGGAGGGCGAGGCCAACGGGACCCUGCACCCGGCCUGCGGCUCCAGCGAGCCGCCCUACUCGGAGGAGCUUCUCCGGAGCCUAGACCUUCCAGGGAGAUUUCUCUUUGCAACCUUGACUCUGAUGACGCUCAUUGCCAUUCUGGUGUUUAUAGAGGAAGCAGUCUACAUCUACAGGAAAAUCCCCUCCUCCAAAAGAUCAAUCAUAAUUUGGAUUAAUGCUGCAGCGCCUGUGAUCUCCACUACUUCAUGCAUUGGCAUGUGGGUUCCUCGCUCAACAAUGUUCACAGAUUUCACAGCAGGAAUAUUUUUUGCCAUAGUUAUCCACAAGUUCCUGAUGAUGAUGAUUAAAGAGUGUGGAGGGCAGAAGGUGCUGCUCAGACGCUUUGAAAAUGGUCACUUCACCAUCACCACCGGCCCCUGCUGCUGCUGCUGCCUCUGCCUCCCUCGUGUGCCCAUCACCAGGCAAACCCUCUUUUGGCUGAAGCUGGGCACCUUUCAGUUUGCUGUCUUUCGGCCUGUGCUCGUAUUUUUAUCAAUAGUGCUUUGGACUAAUGGCAAUUACGUUCUUUACAAUGUGUCUCCCAAAGGACCUGCACUGUGGAUCAGCUGCUUCAUUGGUGCCCUCACCCUUUGUGCUCUGUGGGCAGUAGGAAUCAUGUUUCGAAAAGUUAGGAUUCUCCUUAAGUGUAAGAACAUUAUCCCAAAGUUUGCUCUUUAUCAGUUUAUUGUCAUUCUGAACCACCUGCAGACCACUAUUAUCAACAUAUUCGCCACACAAAAAAUCAUUCCCUGUGCUCCACCACUCUCCUCUACAGCCAGAGGAUCAUACAUUGCCCAGCAGCUGCUCAUCAUGGAAAUGUUUCUGAUAACUGUAAUCUCCAGGGUGUUCUAUCGGAGGAAAUACCACGACCUGGAGCCUCCGGAGUGCGUGGCUGAAGAACCUGGGGACAAGAAGCAGAGUCCUGAGGUUAUCCUCAAUGGUGCAGCUGUGCAAGAUGCAUUGCCAAAGGUUUAG